CUCACUUCCGGAACAUGACAUGGCUACUUGUCCAUUCUCUAAAAUCAUUGAAGACAUUUUCAAAGUAAAAAACACUAGUAAAAGUGGACUAUUCGUCAAAGACGCUGAAAGAGCUAAGAUAUUCCUUAAUUCUAUAGCUAAUUUCACUGACAGUGAGAAAAGCGGUAACUUAACUAAUCAAGAUGAUUUAGUUAACAAAAUUAUCGAUUCAAUUAAUACAAUAAAAUAUAAUAUUAGUAAUAGUAAGAAUGGAGAAACCGAUGAGGCUAUUAUUCUAAAUGUAUCUAAAAAGAAUUCAAACAAUAUUACAAGUGAGAACCUUACACAGAAAGUACAUGAUAAUGUUGCAACCACAGUACAAAUCAAAAGUGGCAUAGAAGAAAAGAAAGACGCAAGUAAAUAUAAUGUUACAAAUAAAAUUAAAACUACAAAAAGACCAAUUAUAAAACCUAACCCUACGACUGAAAAGGUGAAUUAUGUGGAAAUAUUAACAAUUGAGCCAAAUAAUACGAGUGUAACAAAUAACACGUCAUCACAUAACAUCAUAGAUGUUUUGAAGCAACUCAUGCCUAUGUUUAAUAGCACUUUGACAAAGGAGUUACAUAAUAUUACAAUAAUCGAAAGAAAUCAUCUUAAGAAUCAUUCUUUUACUGCUACUAAAAACGUCUCUACUAUAAUAGUAACUUACUGUGAUAAGGAGAAUUUGACUAGAGCUAAUGUUUCAAUUAAUAAUGACUCUAUAAAGGAAACCGACUUGAAAGUGGAUGGAAACGACUAUGAUUACUAUAAUGCUGAAAGUACUAAUGAUGAUGAUGAUGUCAACUAUUAUGAUGAUGAUAAACCUGACGCCAAUUUGACAAGAGGCGAGAAGAAGGACAUUUUAGAAGCAGCGGAGUACGGCAUGCAGAAAAUGCACGAGCUGUACAGCAUAUUGGAGCCGAAGCUGUAUUCAAUGGGUCUGUGGCUAGACGACACCAACCCGGCCAGAUACGUGGCGGCCUUCAACGCGCCCUCAGAGGAUGCUGACAGAUUCUCCCGCUACGGGUACGCCACCCUGCAAGCCGCCACCAGGCUGAAGCAGCUUUCCAAGUAA